AUGGAAGGACUGGGAGCCGCGGCGCAGCUGAGCGGGCCCUUCCGCCACCUGGGCUGGCCUUCCUCCGCGGCGCUUUCCCUUUCCUCCCAUGGCGCCCUCCCUUCCUGCUGCAGCCUGCCCUCUUGUCCGUACACCCGAGGCAGCCGGGAGCUGGGAGUGCACGUGCAGAGACGAGGGGUGUGCACGGGCUGGGAGCAGGUGCGGAUCGAGCAGGGGCAGCUGGUGCGGACGCGCGAGGAAACUGGCUUUGGGAGGGGCUACGCGUGGGUGUAG